AUGGCGAACACAACGACAAUCUCGCACCCGGCCAUCGGCAAUGUCACGGCCAGCACAGCCAAAGACGGAGUCGUCCAAGUCUUAGGUGUACAAUACGCGACACUAAAAGACCGCUUCUCGCCACCAGUCUUGAAGGAGUACAGUUCUAGUCAGAAUGUUGACGGCACAAAGCUCGGACCCCAAGUCCUCUCAAUAGCCCCCAAUGCCGACCCAGAGUUCGGCCUGAUCCAGCAAUCCCUCGACUACGACCGCUCAGCUUUUACGCAAUCAGAUACUGAGGGUCUAUGCCUGAACGUUACCAUUCCCGCCGGGUCAAACGGCUCGGUCGACGAGAAUGCCAAUCUGCCGGUGUUUGUCUUCAUUCACGGCGGCGGUCUGAACGUCGGUUCUGGGAUGUAUCCGCAGUAUGAUAUGGCGCGGUUCGUGCAACUGAGUUUGCAAGAGGGAAAGCCGUGUGUUGCUGUUAGUCUGAACUACCGCCUCGGAGCACCAGGAUUCCUCACCUCCUCCGACAUGCGUGCGGCCGGCUACAAGCCCAACAACGGCCUCCGGGACCAGAGAACAGCACUACUGUGGCUGCACAAGCAUCUUCCAGGCUUCGGCGGCGAUGUAUCAAACAUCACGCUCAUGGGCCAGAGCGCCGGAGGUCUGUCCGUCAACUACCAUCUCUUCUCCAAGGAACCGCUCUUCAAACGCACGAUAGCCGUGGGCGGGACCAUGCUCCUCAUGCCGCCCAUCCCUGCCGCCGAAGCAGACGAGAACUUCGCCAGCACCAUCAAAUCCCUCGGUCUCGCAGGAGACACCGCGGUCAAGCACCUCCUAGAAAUGGACGGCCAGGAACUCACGGGGAAAAUGAUGCAAGCCGGCGCUAAAUGCGUCCCCGUCCUCGACGACGACAUCUGUCCCACCGAAUUCAACUUCGCAAGCAUAGAGAACGACAAAACCCCCAUCCCAGGCCAUGAAUGGUGCGAAGCUGCUCUCCUCGGCGACUGCCAAUUCGACGGCAACAUCCAGUUCCUCCGCCUCGUGCACCGCAAAAAGGGCAUAGCAUCCGCCUUCUGCUCAUCCCUCACCUCAAGCCUCUCAUCGCAUCCGGGCUUAUCCGACCGACUCCUCUCCGCAUACGACCUCCACCCCGACCUCGACGACGACGAAGCCUUCAUCAAGGUUUUGGAGGUAGCGAAUGAUCUGAACUUCUACGUCCCCACGCUCUCCCUUUCGCAAAAUUUGGCGAAGCAUAUGAAAACUUAUAUGUACCGCUUCAACGAGCCGAAUCCGUGGGAAGGGCAGUGGAAGGGUCAUGCGAGCCAUAUUCUGGAUCUGGCGUUUUUGCUGCAGAAUUUCAACGAGUACUUGGGUGAGGAGCAGAAGGGGACGGCGGUGCGGUUUGCGAAGGAUGUGGUUGCUUUUCUUCAUAGAGAGUCUCCGUGGGAGGGGAGUGGGAAGGCUAAGGUGUUGGGGCCGCAGGGAAAGAUGGAGGUGGUGGAGGAUGUGCCGGGGCAGGUCGGAAGAAGGAGUAUAAUGCUUGAUUUGGGGAAGGACGUUGGGUUGGAUGUGUUGGAUGAUGCUUUCAAUGGUUUUAUGCAUGCGCCUCCGGCGGUUUAG